AUGGCUUCUAUUCUUCAACCUUUCUAUGAAAUGACCAAUCUUUUUUCUGGGUCAGAUUAUCCCACUGCAAAUCUGUAUUUUGAACAAGUUUGUAAGGCAAAAUACCACUUACGACGUGCUUGUGAAAGUGAGGAUACCUGCAUUAGAGGGAUGGGAAAUGAGAUGUUUGAGAAGCAUAAGAUUCCAUUUCUAAAACAUCAUUUUAGAAAGGUUUAUCAAUCUGAGGAUGAGGUUUAUCAACAAAUUCAGAAUGCAGAGAAAAUAAAGAUAGAACAUGAGAAGAGAGUAGAACAGCUAAGGAGACUGGAGGUGAAAAGAGCAGACUAUUUUAAGACAGAGAAGACAAAGAAAGAGGUUGAAAAACUUGAGUCACAAAUAGAGGUUGCUUCUCAAGCUAUACAAUCUACGUCCAAUGAGAUCAUCAAAUUGAGGGAAACUGAGCUUUACCCUCAACUUCUUGACAUUGUUAAAGGGUUUAUGUGCAUGUGGAGGAGCAUGUAUGAGUGUCACCAAGUCCAAAUGCACAUAGUUGAUCAGCUCAAGUUCCUGAAUGCCAUUCCAUCCACUGAACCCACAUCAGAGAUCCAUAGACAGGCCACGUUACAACUCGAGGUCGAGCUCCAACAAUGGCAUCAAUCCUUUUGCAACCUAGUAAAAGCUCAACGGGAUUACAUUCGUUCCCUCACUGGUUGGCCCCGUUUGAGCCUCUUCCAGUUCAAUAAAAACCCCAUAAUGAGGUCCAUACAAGAUUCCACAAUAUAUUCCCUUUGUGAACAAUGGCAGCUAGAAAUAGAUAAUGUUCCCGACAAGGUAGCAUCCGAGGGGGUUAAAAGCUUGUGGACAGCAAUCAAUGCGAUUGUACUUCGACAAGCCGAGGAACUAAAGCAGAAAAAGCGAUCAGAGGCAGCAAAUAAGCAGCUUGAAAAGAGGGCAGUUGAGCUAAGGUCUUUAGAGGCAAAAUUUGGGCCAUACUCGAUGCCAGACAUGUCGAGCUCAAGAAAGGGACGAGAUCCUGUAGGAGAGAAGCGAGCAAAAGUGGAGAUGUUGAAGGUGAAAGCGGAGGAGGAGAAGGCUAAGCAUGCGAAAGCAGUGAGUGUGACUAGAGCCAUGACACUAAGCAACAUGCAGAUGAGUCUUCCUCACGUUUUUCAGGCGAUGACUGGUUUCUCAAGUGUAUGUAAGCAAGCUUUCGAGAAGGUCUACAACGAGGCCAAAAACAUGGAUCAGGAGCUUGACGUUAAGAGGUUAAUGAUGGCUUAGAUGCGUUCAUGGACGAACAGGCUGGUUCCGCGUCAAGGUUUUAAUUUCUUCUCAAAUCUUUGUAUAGCUCCAUCUAAGUUCAAAAUAUGGGAGGAUAAUUAAGUGGUGUUAGAUGUUAAAAGUUUAGUUUGAGUGAAAUUUUGUAAGUGUGCUUUGGAGUAUGUUUCAUGGGCCUUUUGUAGCAAACACUACAGGCAGUAGAGAAUCUUAUUUCAUUACAGUGCAUGUGCAUUUCUCAGCUUUGCAUUUGUACAUUGUUUUAUAAAAUGAAUUGAUUAGUAGUUUCGUACCAACAAAAUUAGAACACAAC